AUGGAGUACAGGACCAUCGUCGAGCUCGUUCUGGCUGUGCAAACUUCCUUUAGUGCAUUGUCGACUGCGAAGUUGGAGAAGACCUUUGGCAAGUUGGAUCGAGUUAUGCGUGCAAUUGUCGAGGCAAAGGGCGGUAAUACGUACAAGAUCCCGCGGAGUAAGGAAAGGGUGGAAGAUAAGAUCGACGAAGACGUCAUGGCGAGCUUGCAAUUGAUGAACCUUCGUUUCUUUUAA